AUGAAUGCGAACCACGACGAGGCACCAGCCUCUUACGAUGACAUUGGGGUCGGUGAUGCAAACCUGGAGGUGCAAAAAUGCGUCAAUCGCAUCUACAAGGCAUCUGGGAAGUAUCCCUGGGACUGGCUGCCACGCGAUUACGUUCCCAAGGUCGCCGCUUGGGGCACCAACGCCGCGCUCAACCUUGCCCUUGCUGUUGAAGCUGUUCACGCCCAUGGAUCAACGGUUACCAUGGACGAAUUGCGUGAGUUCCUGGUACAAAGGGCCAGAGAACGCCAGAAGUUAAGCAAGAAUGGCAAGCCAGUCAAGCCCACCAUGAACUCGGAUUGCGCGAAGGCUAGAAAGUGGAUUGAAGACAAUAUGGUCAACUCUCAAAGCACAUCGAAACAGAACAAGCACAAACGGUCGGGCCACUAUGGUGCCUUUAGGAAAGCGAGACCAAAGACAUGGCGAGGGCUCACUAUAGCUCAAAACAAGCAACCCCAGGAUAAGCUUGACGACGAUGAUGACAAUGACGAGGGCGAUGACGAUCCAUUCCAAAGGAUUGACUUCAGUAGAGAGAUGAGUGUUCUCAGUGAUAUCAGCAACGUGAGCAGUGCAAUCGGUCCAUCCGAUCGGCAUCAGCACUCCCCUCCUGCACCGCCCGAUCGGACUUGGGCUCAUAAGCGGGACAUGCCUCCUCCACCCUCUCCGGUCCCCAGCAAACGCUCGCGUCACGUCGAACAAUUCGUAUCGAAAAAUAUCGAUGACUCCAAGGUAGCAUCCAGCCUAGUCGACGCCGAGGAAGAAGCAUGUCUCAGUCAAGCUGAAACGAUGAUGCUCUAUGCUAUCAAUCGCAGCCUACGAACAUCAUGCGAAAGGAUUGAAGCUGCUGAAAACCUGAGCAACGGAUACAACCAGGAGAUAGACAAUACCCGAAAUAAUCUAGCUGCAAUCGACAUGGAAGUCAGACAUGUCCUCCAAACAGCCACGCGAGACCGAGAUGAAAAACAAAAGAAAGUGAGGCAAUUGAAGGACGAAAAACACAAGUUGGCCGCGAUGAUCGAGGACCAGGGUGGGAAGUGUUCAGAAACUCUGCAGGACUUGUACGACGGCUUUAUCCUGGAAUAUGAGAAGGCGCAGAAGGGGCUUGAGAAUGUCCAAAACACUUUGGAAGCGAUGGAAGAGGAAAGUCAGAAGAAUAAGCAACAUCAAGAUGGACAAGAUAAGAUCACAUCUCUAGAGAAGGGCAUUGCCGAACAAAAGGAGAUCAUUAAGCGGGAGACGAGGAGGAAGUCAGCUCCCGACGAAAAGCUAUACGCAGAGCACGAAGCGGCCAUGAAAAGUCAAGAGUACUUGUCAUAG